AUGGAUGGGAAGAUAGCCUUAUUCAUUGUCUAUGUUGACGAUAUCGUAAUUACAGGAGACGAUUAUGACCAUAUCAAACAUCUCAAGAGUCUUUUAGCAAAAGAAUUUGAGGUCAAAGAUUUGGGCCAGCUCAAGUACUUUCUAGGGAUGGAAAUUGCUCGGACGAAGAAUGGCAUUUAUGUUUCUCAAAGGAAGUACACUCUGGAUUUACUUAAAGAAACAGGGAUGCUCGGAUGCAAAGCAGCUAAUACCCCCAUAGAGCCGGUCAAAAGAAGUGAAGAGGAAAGUAUACCAGCUGAUAAAGAUAGAUAUCAAAGUCUGGUUGGAAAAUUACUUUAUCUAACUCACACCAGGCCAGAUAUUGGCUUUGCUGUAAGCUUGGCUAGUCGCUACAUGUCAAACCCAACUGAGACUCACAUGAAGACUGUGAACAGAAUCCUCCAAUACCUAAAGGGAUCACCUGGUCGAGGACUUUAUUUUCAGAAGAACUCAAACAGAGGCAUUGAAGUCUACACUGAUUCAGAUUAG